UUAGUUCUGUGCCUUCAUUGAAAUUCUGUGUUACUCCGGGCUGGGAACUUUAUCCUGUGCGUUUGCUGGCGGAGCGCUCAUUCAAACGAGCGCUGUGUUUUUAUUCUUGCAUGCAAUCGUACAUAAACUCAUAGAUACAAUCCUCACGCUUUAGUUCUGGAGCGUGCGCGCUCGCUAAUAUUCUCCAUUAAUAAAAAUACCGUUUUUUUUUCUUUCACGGCGACAGGAGGAAUAUGUAGGCUACGUCAAGUCGAAUACACAGACUCCAAGAAAGAGAAAAACGUUGCACCCUUUUUUUUUUAAUUCGGGAUUUCCUAUUCCAAUCGGGAAUUUGUUCUUUCCAGUACAAUGGUUUUAUUGGAGACGUAUCACCAGAUUGCUUCAUGUUAACCUUUUGCACGAUUUUAAUUUCGAGGUAAAGGGAAGAACACUUUUUUUUGUCGAUACAGAUAUAAUACAAGGAAAAAAUGCCGGACCAGAUUACAGUGUCGGAAUUCGUGGCCGAAACGAAUGAAGAUUACAAAGCACCCACCGCCUCUAACUUCACCACUAGAAUGUCUCAAUGCAGGAAUACUGUGACCGCUCUGGAGGAGGCGCUAGAUGUUGACAGAGGUGUCCUGUACAAAAUGAAGAAGUCCGUCAAAGCAAUUUACACGUCUGGCAUGGCACAUGUAGAGAAUGAAGAGCAAUACACCCAGGCGCUGGAGAAGUUUGGAGAUAACUGUGUCUUCAGAGAUGACCCAGAUUUAGGAUCAGCAUUCCUCAAGUUCUCUGUGUUUACAAAGGAGUUGACUGCACUUUUCAAAAACUUGUUUCAAAACAUGAACAACAUCAUCACUUUCCCACUUGAUAGUCUGCUAAAGGGAGAUCUGAAAGGAGUUAAAGGGGAUCUGAAAAAGCCUUUCGACAAGGCCUGGAAAGACUAUGAAACUAAAGUCUGCAAAGGACAUUCUAUACUGAGAGGUACGAAAAUAGAGAAAGAGAAAAAAGAGCAUGCGAAACAGCACGGGAUGAUCCGGACAGAAAUCAGUGGGGCGGAAAUAGCAGAAGAAAUGGAAAAAGAAAGGCGGUUCUUUCAGUUACAGAUGUGCGAGUAUCUUCUCAAAGUCAAUGAGAUCAAGGUGAAGAAGGGAGUCGAUUUGCUUCAGAAUCUCAUCAAAUACUUCCACGCCCAGUGCAAUUUCUUUCAGGAUGGGCUAAAAGCUGUAGAAAGUCUUAAACCUUCAAUUGAGAAACUUGCAACAGAUUUGCACACGAUUAAACAAGUACAGGAUGAAGAGAGGAAACAGCUCACUCAGCUGAGAGACGUGUUGAAAUCAGCGCUGCAGGGGGAGCAGAAAGAGGAUUCUCAGGUUCGUCAGAGUGCAGCCUAUAGUUUACACCAGCCUCAGGGAAACAAAGAGCACGGCACUGAGAGAAGUGGAAACCUCUACAAAAAAAGUGACGGCAUACGCAAAGUAUGGCAGAAAAGGAAGUGCAGCGUUAAAAAUGGGUAUCUCACCAUAUCUCACGGGACGCCAUAUCGGGCAUUUCCCAUAACAACCAGAUACUUUGCUGAAGGCGACAGCAGAGAUCGCCUUUCAGCAGGCAAUUCAGUUUGUGUUAACAGGCUUGCUAACAGACCACCAGCAAAGCUCAAUCUAUUAACUUGCCAAGUGAAACGCAACCCGGACGAGAAAAAAAGCUUUGAUCUCAUAUCACAUGACAGAACGUAUCACUUCCAAGCAGAAGAUGAACCAGAGUGUCAAAUAUGGAUGUCAGUGUUACAGAACAGUAAGGAGGAGGCGCUGAACAACGCUUUCAAAGGCGGCGACCACGACGUGGGAGAAAAUAACAUUGUUCAGGAGCUCACUAAAGCCAUCCUGGCAGAGGUGACGAGGAUGACAGGGAACGACGUAUGCUGUGACUGUGGCGCCCCAGAUCCUACAUGGCUUUCUACAAAUCUGGGGAUUCUAACCUGCAUCGAAUGUUCUGGAAUCCACCGAGAGCUGGGUGUCCACUAUUCCAGAAUACAGUCUCUUACACUGGACAAGUUAGGAACAUCUGAACUCUUGCUGGCCAAGAACAUAGGGAACGCUGGAUUUAAUGAGGUAAUGGAAGCUUGUCUGGCAUCUGAGGAGGUGAUCAAACCCAGUCCCACCAGCGACAUGAAUGCACGAAAGGACUAUAUCACAGCUAAGUACAUAGAAAGAAAAUUUUCCCGUAAGAAGUGUGUUGACAACGCAGCUAAGCUCCACAGUCUUUGUGAAGCAGUAAAAGCCAAAGAUAUUUUUUCUUUGGUUCAAGUCUAUGCUGAAGGUGUGGAUAUGACAGAUCCCAUUCCACUGGCAAAUGGGCAUGAACAUGGAGAAACUGCCCUGCAUCUUGCAGUUAGACUGGUGGACCGGACAUCCCUGCAUAUGGUUGACUUUUUAGCCCAAAACAGUGGAAAUCUUGAUAAACAGACGGCAAAGGGCAGUACAGCUCUGCACUACUGCUGCCUGACAGACAACAUCGAGUGCCUGAAGCUGUUACUGAGGGGGAAGGCUUCCAUUGAAAUAGCCAAUGAAGCUGGGGAAACUGCCCUCGACAUCGCGAAAAGACUGAAACACACUCAGUGUGAGGAGCUGCUCGCUCAGGCAUUAUCUGGGAAAUUCAAUGCCCAUGUCCAUGUGGAAUACGAGUGGCGAUUACACCACGAAGAUCUGGAUGAGAGCGACGAUGACGUGGAUGAAAAGCCCAGUCCCCAUCGUAGGGAGGAGAGGCCUGUCAGCUGCUUCCAGCCUGGCACCAGCCAGCUUCAGCCCACCGCAGCCGCCUUGGCAAGUGACGCAGCCAACCUGGUGAAGGACAAGCAGAGAGGCUACAUCCCCAGUCUAGUCAACAACGAGACCUACGGGGCAAUCCUGAGUGCUAGUCCACCUCCUAACCAGACCACUGUCCCUGUGACUACCAACGCACCCCCACUGCCUCCGAGGAAUAUAGGCAAAGUUCAACUGUCAGUAAUGGGUCCUAGUGUACAGACCACGAGUUCAAACUCGUGGAAGUCUGGCUCUGGGAGUACAGAGGGUUUGAGCAGGCAGAGGUCAUCAUCAGAACCACCAGAUAUUCACCCGCCUGUACCUCCACUGCGAGGAACGUCAACUGCAAAUCCUCCACCCCUGGCACCGCCACCCCCUGUGGCUAAAACUGUGAGUGUCAUGGAAGCGAUGAACCUGCAGUCUAAACAGACAGGCCCGCCCCCCGUCCCGCCGGUCAAGCCAUCCCCUCCGCCACUGCCCCCUCAGCCCCCCAGCAGAGUCCCGCAGCCAAAGUCUCCGGCCAGCACUGAAAAAACAUUCAACAAAGGACCCGUGGGACACAGAUCUGUACCAAAACCAGUUAAAGAAGCUGCUGCCCCAGCAGUCCCGCAGUCCGGGCCCUCUCAGAACUCAGUGGGUCAGAUCCAGCCACCAGCACCCAUGCCAAGGAAGUCUGUUCAAAAGCAGAAGCCUAAAAGAGUAAAAGCUAUUUAUAACUGUGCAGCCGACAACCCCGAUGAGCUGACGUUCUCCGAGGGCGAGGUCAUCAUAGUGGACGGUGAGGAGGACCACGAGUGGUGGCUCGGGCACAUCGAAGGGGACCCGACGAGAAGAGGAGCUUUUCCUGUCACGUUUGUGCACUUCAUUGCUGACUGAAAAGCCUUUCUGAAGGAGGGCCAAAAAAAAACCAACACAUUUCAGCUUUUGUCAAUGUUUUCAUCUGCUCGUGCGAGGUGUACUGCACCACUGGGGUUCCAGCAUGCCAGACUUACAACAGGAGGCAUCUUUAAAGCGAGGUGGAGUCCUUCUGGUCUGUUGCAAUUCAUUUCCAAGGUCUAGAAUGCAUUUGCCACCGACCAUGGUGGAAGCGCUGAAUUUCUCCAGCCAUUGCUUUCAACAUGAUUAGGUAAAAUGCUUCUCUUUCCUUUUAAUGGAGCACUAAAGAUGUAUGUAUAUUCUGUUAUUUGUAAAACGUUGUAAUAUGGCUUACAAUGACAGUAUGUUGCACACCUCUAAAGGUGCUACAUCAAGAAAAUACAAUGUUAAGCCUGUCUGUGCACAUCCAAGGAGUGAAUGCUACUAAAAAUGUUAUGGACCUGAUGUUAACUUGAUUUAGAGGACUGUUCCAACAGGCACCUUAUUGAAAGCAAUGCUGAGGGAUGGAUUGAGUCAGAUGAUACAGAGUUCCCUGUUCAAAAGCUCUGUUCAAACUAUUAUACCUCUGACUGCAAAAUGUAAUUGAAUGACACCGUAGGCAGGUCAUAAAACCAAUGCUUUAUGUUCUGAAUUUAAAUUCUCCCUUUGUAACUUUCACUCCUUGUGGGUAUGCACUUAGUUGCUAGAAUAAUUCAUAUACAGCUUGUUGUAAAUUAGAGAGGAUGCUUGAACUGCAUUUUCCUGAAUUUAGUUAAAAAAUACUGAGUAUGAUGGAUUUGCAGUGUACCUGUUUCAGGUGUAAUAUAAAUACAAAGUAGAGGUUUAUUCCAGAUUGUCUUUUAAUGCGAUGCACAGUAUAUGGACUGCACUAAUAAUUUUUAAAUGAAUGUUUGAGCCAUAUAAAGACAUUCUCACAACCCCACAGUAAAGUUAAUAUAGUUCCAGGGUACAUUACAUUCUAGGGAGACACAAUUAAGGGGUGAGGGUGAGAUAGAUUAAAACAGCCUACCUAAACCAUACAAAAAUCAAAAACUGAAGAGGGAACAAACCCAUAAAUACAGAUUAUAAGAUCAUUUACAUUUUUAACAAUCUUCUACGAAUUCACAUGGAAGAUCUUUUAUAUUUUUAGGUUUUAGAGGUAAAAGAUUUUAAGGGACCAUAAAUUGUGGACAGAGAUACGUUCAAGAUUUUAAGAGACCAUAAAUUGUGGACAGAGAUACGUUCAAGAGUGGGGUUUCCAAAUCUAGGACAGUACCACCCACUCCUGAUUUUGCUGUUUUUAAGGCUUUAAAGCAGCAAGUGGCAUUUGAAACACAGCAAAAGUAUUUUAAAUAUAUAUUGUUUAAAAGCAUGUUAUGUAAUGGAUUUGAUUUGGUUGCAGAGCAACUGUAAUUAUAUAUAUAACCUUAAUUCUAAAUUAAAUAUACCCUUCACUGUACCGACUGCAGUAAACUGAGAUUGAAAAUUGAGCAUGCGUAUCAGUUUGUGCCACACUAUUCUUGUUCAGCUGUUUAUCCACUGGAAAUGUAACAAUAAAACUGUUACUGAAGUA